AUGGCUGAAACAGUUGCACUUUCCGAUGGCCACACCAUGCCCACUCUUGGGCUUGGUGUCGCAAUGAACGAGGAAUGCGCGGAAACUUGCAAGGUUGCCCUUCAAAAUGGUUAUCGAAUGAUCGAUGGGGCGCGGUACUACGAGAAUGAAGUUCAAGUUGGUGUUGGGGUAGGGAAAAGUGGUGUUAAGCGUGAAGACAUCUUUAUCACUUCCAAGGUUUUCCAUGAUGAUUUCACCUACGACGGCACAACGGCUGCUUUGAAAGACUCGAUCGCGAACCUUGGAUAUUGCAAGUAUUCGCUACUGGAGGUAGGGAGGCACGUCUUGCCGCCUACAGGGCUCUCUUGGACGGCAAGGCGAGCAGGGAUGAUCAGAUCUGUCGGCGUCUCCAAUUACUCAGAAAAUCACAUAGAAGAGAUACGUGAGGCUGGUCUAGAGAUGCCUGUUGUAAACCAAGUAGAGUUACACCCAUUCUGCCAGCAAAAACCCAUCGUCGAGUAUUGUAGGAAGAACAACAUCAUUGUGCAGGCAUACUCGCCUCUUCUGCGUGGUGCUCUCGACAACCCGGUCAUCCAGGAACUCUCCACAAAGUACUCCAAAGAUCCCGCUCAAAUCCUUAUCAGGUGGUCUUUGCAACGAGGAUUUGUGCCUCUGCCGAAAUCCUCGCAGCCUGAACGUAUCAUAUCCAACGGCCAAGCAUUUGGUUGGAGCAUCGAACUUGCGGACAUGGCAAAGCUUGACGCGUUGGACCGCGGGAAGGAAGGUGCAGUUACCUGGAAUCCAGUCGACGUCGACUAA